UAACCAGCCACCAGAAAACAAGAGCUGGAUGAAGCCCUCGUCUCCAUGAUAGUGAAGGACACACAGCCUUUCACUGUUGUGGAUGAUGUUGGAUUCAGGGCAUUUGUGUCCAAACUGGAUCCUAAUUAUGUUAUCCCUACAAGGCAGGCUCUGAAGGCCAUGGUGGAGGCCAAGUAUGAGUUGGCUAAGGAGAAGGCUAAGGCUAAAAUGGAAACGGUGGUUGCUGUUAGCCUUACGUCUGACAUGUGGACAUCCAUCAAUAUGGAUGCCUACCUGGCAGUAACAUGCCAUUUUGUGGGUGAGAAUACCAAGCUCAGUUCAGUGCUGUUAGGAGUGCAGGCAUUCCCCCAAUCACACACUGCUGAAAAUAUAGCUUGUGUGAAAGCCUCCUUGAUGGAGGAAUGGGGAAUCACUAAUAAGGUGACAUUUAUAUAG